GGUCCCACCCCCAGCUACAAACCCAGGCAGGAAGAGCUCGUCGCGGGAGCAGCCUCGGAAAGAGACGGAGCUGGAGAUCGGGAGGGCGGGUGCCAAGCUGCGGCGGGGGCGAGAGGGUAGCCAUGCUCUUGUCGGGGGGUAGACCCCCGGCGCAGGAAUGGUUCAUGGUGCAGACAAAAUCGAAGCCCCGGGUGCACCGGCAGCGGCUGCAAGUGCAGCGCAUCUUCAGGGUCAAGCUGAAUGCCUUCCAGAGCCGUCCCGACACCCCCUACUUCUGGCUGCAGCUGGAGGGGCCCCGGGAGAACACGGGCAAGGCCAAGGAGUAUCUGAAAGGCCUGUGCAGCCCAGAGCUGUGGAAGGAGGUCCGAUAUCCACCGAUCCUGCACUGCGCCUUCCUUGGGGCCCAGGGCUUGUUCCUAGACUGCCUCUGCUGGAGCACUCUGGCCUACUUGGUGCCUGGUCCCCCUGGUUCCCUGAUGGUGGGUGGGCUGACUGAGUCGUUCACCAUGACCCAGAACUGGCUAGAGGAGCUGGUGGCAAGGCUGCGCUGGGGCCCUGCACCUCUGCUCACCCCCCGGGGGGUUUGGGAGGCCGAGGUGACUCGGGCCUUUGGGGCCCUGGUGUGGAUCCGUGGUGACCAGUACGCAGGAGACCUGUUGCAGCUGCCCCCAGCUGUCCAGGAGCUUUUGCUCAGUCUGGUGCGGGAUGCUGCCGGCAAGGAAGACAUCAUAGAGUGGCUUGGCCACUUUGGCAUCUCUGAUGCCUGCUCCAACCCCGAGGUGCUGGUCUGCCCUCCCCAGCAACAAAAAGAAGGCUCAGACAUAGUGACUCUAGGCGAAAACCCUGGACCCUUCCCAGAGAUAGGAACCUUCCAGAUUGGGGAUUCAGAAAAUUCAAAGACAUUAACAAGCCUGGGAGCGACUGGGUCCCUGAUCCCAGCCCAGAGCACUCAGCAGGAGACAGCAUGCCAGCUGGCAAGGGUCCGUUCCAACAACCAACGUGAUACGGACAGUGAUCGAGAGGAAGGGCCCAUCGUGCAAGCCACCAGCAACCAGGACUCUGCAAACCACACUCAAGCCCUGUUGCAGCAAAGGCAGGUACAGAGGAUGGAAGAUCGACUCUCUUUCCAAACGCCAGUGUCAGCCCUUGGUGUGUGUCCAUCCUGGAAGGCCUGGGCCUCUGGGCCAACCUUUGGGCCCUUGUGGCCAGGGACUAUUGCUGCAACUUUCUGGAAAAUCAACGAACUGCAUUCUCUCCACCUGGCCUGGCUCCUCUCCCAGGCUUGCUUCAAUUUCCCCUUCUGGCAGAGGCCCCUGGGCCCCAUUCAGCUGAAGCUGCCAGGGCAGAAUCCUUUGCCCUUAAACCUGGAGUGGAAACAGAAGGAGCUGGCUCCUUUGCCCAGCAUAGAAAGCCCAGCUUGUAGGCCAGAGGGGAAGCUGGGAGCAGAGAAAGCCCUAGAGAAUUGCCCAAGGUCAGAAGGACCCCCAAAAGUCAUGAGUUUAUUGGUGGUCCCAAGGAAUUGUGGUAUAAAAGACAAGGUUAGCCCCAGACUUCCACAAGUAGGUCCAUCUUUGACUUCUACACCCCAACUACAAGCUGGAGUUGAGCAGGGAGCACAAAGAAGUACGCUGUCAGAUUGCAAAGGGCUGAAAAAGCAGGCCUCUGCGGCACCAUCUGCAGAGCCUCGGAAACCCACAGCUCAAGGGAGGCCAGUGGCUCAAGGGGGGGUGAUGGCCCAGUCAAUACCUGAAGCUCAAACAGAGCCUGAAACUCUUAAAAUGCCCAUGGCCGCAGUAGAGCCCAUAGCUGAAGGGCUGUCUGCAGCUCCCAAAGUGCCCUCAGGUCCAGCAAAACCAGCAGCUCCUGUGACACCUGUGACCCCCAAAGCACCCGCAGCCCCCCAGACACCUGUGACCCCCAAAGCACCUACAGCUCCCCAGACACCUGUGACCCCCAAAGCACCCGCAGCCCCCCAGACACCUGCGACCCCCAAAGCACCUACAGCCUCGAAAAUCUCCAGAGCUUCCGGAACAUCUGCAGCCCAGAAGAUGUCUAAAGUUGCAGGGCCAACCUUGGAUGUAGCAAAACUUCUGAGUGAGGUCCAGGCUUCAUCAAAGAGUAGAGCAGCCUUGCCAAAGGGUCAAGGGAAGGCUGGAAGGCAGGGUCCUCAGUCCAGCAGCACCUUGGCCUCCAGCAGUAAGCACCCAUUUCUGAAGGAGGGGAUCCUUGGGGCCUGGGAUGGGGCUCCGAGGCAGGAGAAUAGCACAGUGACCAGCUUCCAGAGGUACCAUGAGGCCUUGAAUACACCCUUCGAGUUGAACUUGUCAGGCGAGCCCGGGAACCCGGGGCUGCGGAGAGUGGUCAUUGAUGGCAGCAGUGUGGCCAUGGUGCACGGGCUCCAACACUUCUUCUCCUGCCGAGGCAUUGCCAUGGCAGUGCAGUAUUUCUGGAAUCGGGGACACCGAGAGGUCACUGUGUUUGUACCCACUUGGCAGCUGAAGAAGAACCGGCGGGUGAGAGAGAGCCACUUUCUGACCAAGCUCCACUCAUUCAAGAUGCUUUCAAUCACCCCCUCCCAGCUGGAGAAUGGCAGGAAGAUCACCACUUAUGAUUACAGGUUCAUGGUAAAGCUGGCGGAGGAGACAGAUGGAGUAAUCGUCACUAAUGAGCAGAUUCAUAUCCUAAUGAAUAAUUCCAAGAAACUGAUGGUGAAGGAUCGCCUGCUGCCCUUCACCUUUGCUGGGAAUCUCUUCAUGGUACCAGAUGACCCCCUGGGCCGUGAUGGCCCCACCUUGGAUGAAUUUCUGAGGAAACCAAACAGGUUGGAUAUGGAUAUUGGAAAUUUCUUGAAGGUGUGGAAGACCCUUCCUCCCAAAUCAGCCAGGAUCUCAGAGUUGAGUGAUGAUGCUGACCCUGAGUCUUUGAUGGAUCUACAGAAUGUGGAAGAAGUCGAGGAGGAGAGGGAGAAAAGCCUGGAAGAGGAGCCGUGGGAGGAGCCAGGCUUGCCAAAGCUGGCUGAGGAACAUGACCUUGACUCUUGCCUGGCGUCACUGUUUGGAGCCAAGUGCCCUUCCUUUUCUGAGGAAAUCCUCCGAUGCCUCAGCCUCCAUGACCCCUCCGAGGGGGCUUUAGACAUUGACCUCCUACCAGGGGUAUCCUCUCCUUACAUGGAUGACCCCUGGGAUGGGAAGGCUCCUUGCCAGCAGGUUCUUGCCCAGCUGGCCCAGCUGACUAUCCCCAGCAACUUCACCGCACUCUCCUUCUUCGUGGGCUUUAUGGAUUCCCACCGGGAUGUUAUUCCUGACUAUGAAGUCCUUGUGGGCCCCCUGCACAGCCUUCUCAAGCAGAAGCCAGACUGGCAGUGGGAACGGGAACAUGAGAAGGCCUUCCUGGCCCUGAAGCGAGCCCUGGUGUCUGUCCUCUGCCUGUCAACUCCCAAUUCCCAGCUGCCGUUUCACUUAGAGGUGACUGUCAGCCAAGUGGCACUAACGGCCAUCCUCCACCAGGAGCACUCAGGAAGGAAGCACCCCAUUGCUUAUACCUCGAAGCCCCUCCUCCCCGAUGAGGACAGUGAGGGCCCCCAGUCAGGCGGGGAUAGCCCCUACGCUGUGGCUUGGGCCCUCAAACAUUUUUCCCGCUGCAUCGGAGAUAGCCCUGUGGUCCUAGGCCUUUCCUAUGCCUCCCGGACCACUGUGGACUCUGAGGCACUGGAAAGCUGUAGUGUUUCCAAAGCGUGGUUGAUUCGAUGGUCUCUCUUGGUACAGGACAAAGGCAAGAGGGACCUGGAAUUGACCCUUCUGCAGGGCCUGCUGGGGGAAAACCAGCUGCUGACACCUGCUUCCUCCAUGCCGCGUUUCUUUCAGGUUCUGCCUCCUUUUUCUGACCUGUCCAGUUUUGUCUGCAUCCACAUGUCUGGCUAUUGCUUCUACAGCGAGGAUGAGUGGUGUGCUGGCUUUGGUCUCUAUGUCCUGUCUCCCACCAGCCCCCCUGUCUCCCUUUCCUUCUCCUGCUCCCCUCCCACUCCCACCUAUGCCCAUCUGGCAGCUGUGGCCUGUGGCCUGGAGCGCUUUGGUCAGUCCCACCUCCCAGUGGUUUUCCUUACCCACUGCACCUGGAUCUUCAGCCUCCUCUGGGAGCUCCUGCCCCUCUGGAAAGCCCGGGGUUUCCUCUCUGCUGAUGGGGCUUCACUACCUCACCCCAGCUUGCUCUCUUACAUUCUAUCUCUCACCUCUAGCUCUUCCUCCCUUCCCUUUAUCUUCCGAACCUCUUAUCGGGGCUCUCUGUUUGCUGUGACAGUGGAUAAUCUAGCCAAGCAGGGUGCCCAAGGGGGUGGGCAGUGGUGGAAUUUGCCUAAGGAUGUGCCAGUUCCAGUAGUAACUCCCUGUCCUAAGGGCAGGAAGCCCAACUUGCUGGCCUUACAGCUGAGUGACAGCACCUUGGCUGAUAUCAUUGGCAAACUAAAGGCAGGGCAGAAAUUAACUGGCUCUUCCCCUUUCAGUUCUGCCUUUAACUCACUUAGCCUUGACAAAGAAAGUGGCCUCCUUAUGUUCAAGGGAGAAAAAAAACCUAGGGUCUGGGUAGUUCCAAGGCAACUCCGGAGAGAUCUGAUUUUCUCUGUGCAUGACAUCCCCUUUGGAGGCCACCAGAGGCCAGAGGAGACCUACAGGAAGUUGCGGCUGCUGGGCUGGUGGCCUGGGAUGCAGGAGCAUGUGAAAGACUACUGCAGGAGCUGCUUGUUUUGCAUCCCCCGGAACCUCGUAGGCAGUGAGUUAAAGGUUAUCGAGUCCCCGUGGCCGCUCAGGUCAACUGCUCCCUGGGCAAAUCUUCAGAUCGAGGUGGUAGGUCCAGUCACAGUAAGUGAGGAGGGCCAUAAGCAUGUGCUCAUUGUGGCUGACCCCAACACCCGCUGGGUGGAGGCUUUCCCUCUGAAGCUCUAUACGCACAUGGCUGUGGCCCAGGUGCUGCUGCAGCAUGUGUUUGCAAGAUGGGGUGUUCCCGUGAGGCUGGAGGCAGCCCAGGGCCCCCAGUUUGCCCGACAUGUCCUGGUGAGCUGUGGGCUAGCCCUAGGAGCCCAGGUGGCCACAUUAAGUAGGGACCUCCAGUUCCCUUGUCUGAUGAGCUCAGACGCCUACUGGGAAUUCAAGAGGGCCCUGAAGGAGUUUAUCUUCCUGCACGGUAAGAAGUGGGCGGCUUCACUGCCCUUGCUGCACCUGGCUUUUAGGGCCUCUUUCACAGAGGCCACACCAUGCCAGGUCCUGACUGGGGGUGAGGUGAGGCUGCCAGAGCCCUUGUGGUGGGAGAUGAGCAGUGCUAACAUUGAAGGGCUCAAGAUGGAUGUGUUCUUGCUGCAGCUGAUUCGGGAGCUGCUGGAGCUCCACUGGAGGGUGGCUGAAAAGGCAAGUGAAAAGGCGCAGAACAGGCGUCUCAAGCGGGAGAGUCAGGAGAAGGAGUGGAACGUGGGGGACCAGGUCCUCUUGUUGUCCCUCCCCAGGAAUGGCAGCAGUGCCAAAUGGGUGGGUCCUUUUUAUAUUGGGGACCGGUUGAGCCUAUCGCUCUAUAGGGUGUGGGGCUUCCCGACCCCAGAGAAGUUGGGGUGUGUCUAUCCUAGCAGUCUGAUGAAGACCUUUGCCAAGAGUGGCACACCCCUGUCCCUCAAGGUCUUGGAGCAAUGAACUAGAGCAGUGGGAAAACUACUGUCCCAGAGGUCCUGGGUUGCUGCUGCUAGGCUACCCCUGUUGCAAAUGUGCUCUCAGCUCUUUGGGGGCCCUCACUGUGCCUUUUGUGGAGAAGUUACUUCAUGAAGCUUUGCUGAAUUGCCUUGACUUAAGGAUGUUGUCUUUAUGGAAAUAUCCCCAGCUUGGGGUAUUAGGAGAAUUUGCCAAAGGUUGUUAUAGAUGACUCAGGCAGUUUCACACUGGGGAGUAGAAAGUCCCCUUUCUAAAAGUAGGCCGGACUCAGAGCCAUUUUCUGCAAAUGCCCCCCUCUGCCUUCACACACGUACAGGUGUGUGGUGGUGUGCGCACUUCCCCUCCCCCAUAUCUUAUACCUGCUGUCUUAACCAUUAAAUAUGUGGCUUUUUGGACCUCACAAUUGGAACCACAGUUGUGGUUCUCUCCCAAACAGAAACCUCAAAUUUGGGUGCUCCCCUGCCAACUGUGCAUUUGGGGGACCUUUGCCCUUGGAGUUUUCACUGGCGCAGAUCCGUUUCAGUAGUGGGAGUCAGAGGCCCCCCAUUCUCAUGGUCAGCUUCCUUGGCCAGGCUCUGCCUUCUCAGCUGUCAAGGAAGUAUUGUAGAGUAUCUUGUGCCUUGAGGACAGUGGCUCUGGGUGGAGGUGACCUGUCAUAAGCCACCUACCCACAUGUCAGCACGGGAAAGGGAGGGGUGGAGGGGGAUGACUUGGGCUACCUCAUUUGAUUCCAGCCAAUGGAGAUGAUUCUUGACCCGUGCUGUGACGGUGUUCACGUCACAGGAAUCAAAGACCUUGAUGCUAAGUGUGGAGUCUCUACUGGAGCUGCUUCUACUAGGACAAGGGGCGUCCACACUCUGCUUCAAGGGGCAGGGGUGUGUAUGACACGGCUGGUUUGCACACAGCCAAGUGCUGGGUGGCUUUACCUCGUACCCCUCACCCCCUCUCAGUCCCCACAGCUGUCCCUUUUACCUGCACUCUACCUGCCUCCUUAGACUCUAUGGAUCAUGUAACGGCUCUGUCCUUAUCACCCCCAGUCCUCUGGAUCUGCCUUCUGUGUAGAGCGCCCUCAGAGCCAGCUGCGUGGGUGCGAGUACUUCUACGCGGCCUUCUGAAUUUUUGCUCAGCCAAACAGCCGUCUGCAGAGGAGGGGCCGCACCGUACCCCUCUGGCUUUGUCUCCAAAUACCUUCACUUCUUUGAAGCUGAGCCAGUUUUCUGGCCUAGCACUGGUUGCCAAAACACUUGACAUUGCAGAGCACUACAGCCAGAGAACUUGUCACCAAGUCCAACUUGCUUGUUUCAUAGUGGGGAAAGAGGACCAGAAAUGGAAAAUUACCUGACCAACGUCAUAAAGCUAGUUGGUGGCUGGGGCCAGGAUGAAGCUUCCUGAUUCCGAGUUCACCAUGAAAAGGGUCUGGCGACAGGUUCAAGCAAGAGAAUCCCUCGAAAUUCUAUACUUACAUUCCCUUUGACCCCCCAUUUCCCAACUUGUGUAGACAGACUACUGGGUAUUGUUCUUCGUCCAGUUCCAGUUGGUAGCCUUGCCCAGGAGUGAAGGCUGGGGCUAGCUGGGAAGCCGAAGGGUUUGCUGUGGGGAUUUUGGCAGGUAUGCUGCUUUCUCACCCUUGCUUUUUCUCUCCUCCUCCAGUGUAUAUCUAACCUCCCUCUCCCACCCCAGCUGUACUCAUUGACCCUCUUCCUGUUAACUGCAGUUUUGAUCCUAUAGCUUUCAAGUGAUUCUUUUUCAUUUUAUUUUUCAAUAAAUCGAUUGAAAUGGAA